CGAGAAAUGAGUGGCAAAGUUGCCCUACAAGUGUUUUCUCGUCAUUCUGGUGUUGUGGAAUACGACAAUGUGACUUUGGACCAAACUUGCGACUACAUUAUUCGCGAACGACAUGGCCAUGAUCCUCGUGCAUCUGGUGCCAAUUCGUUUGGAAAUCCGACAGGCCACUCUUCCAACUAUCCCAGUCACAACCAGCAACCCUACCAGGAACAACAGCAGUUGUUAUCACAAAUCAAUGCAGGUAUUGGAGGGAAUAACACGGUUGCAACGGCAUUGGCGGCAUUGGUUGCACAAUCGCAAGCGCAAGGAACACCACUGGAUCCACAAGUGUUGUUUGCAUUGGCGAAUGCAGCAGCAGCAUCUGGAGCUGCAGGGGGAGCACCACCCUCGAUUCAAGGUGGUGGAAAUAAUUUAGGACCUUCAUCUACAGCAUCUGGACUUUUCCAUCCUCCUGCAACGCUUGUUCAGAAUGUUGGUGGCAGUGGGAUGGGAGGAUAUGGACAUCAACAGAUGAGCAUGCAUGCGCAGCAACAGAACCAAUACCAUCACGCUCAACAGCAAAGUGGUCACGCUGCAGGAAUGUACAUGCAGAAUGCAGGUGAGCCAGUGAAUCAAGCUUUACACAAUGGUAAUGGAACAGGAACAAUGCCGCAAGGAUACCCACACGGAUCCAAUAUGCACCAAAUGUCGAAUCCAUCGCACAACAUUGGAGGAAAUGCACGAAUGGGGAUGAUGUCCCAAUCAGGACGAGGUCAGCACUCACUAUCACACCAAGCGGUGUCUUCCAACACUGGUGGUAAUGCACCUCCAACAAACAUUGCAGACAUGCUGAGCCAGUUGAAUGCCAGCACAAGACUCUUGCAAGCCAUCAACAACAUUAAAGGACCCAAUUAAACAGGAUUUACUGAAUGUAUUAUGAGGGCUGUUUUACCAAAAGAAAUGAAUUUAAAAUUGCUGUU